UUUUUUUUGUAGACAUUUUACAAAACUAUACCAUAGCUCAGAGUGUUCUGAUUUGCAUCGUCGAGAGAAAAAAGAAAAAAAAAGAGAAAGAGAGAGAGAGAUGCUUCCUGCUCAGGAUCUGGUCGCAUUAGCCAGACAUGGCAGCAAUGACAACAUCACUCGAGAUGAGUCAUUGACUCAAGAAACUAUUUUCAACGUCCUUACCAGACGACACCAACUUGGAUUACCAUACACUCGUAUCGGUACCUCAACAUUGGUGGUUAUGAAUCCCAACCAAUCCCUCGGCAUUUACAGUGAGACCAAUAGUCAGCAAUAUAUCGAUCUGGCGAACGGCAGUCAUGGUGGCAAUUCUCCAAGUAAUGUGGCACUAGAGCCUCAUGUGUUUGAAUUGGCAAAUACAAUGUAUUACCACAUGAAGCGGACAGAGCAUGAUCAAGGUGUAAUCCUAAGCGGCAUCGCAGGCUCAGGAAAGACUACAUCUCAACGUCACCUUGUACAGCAGCUUAUCCGACUGGGAGCAAAGAGUACUGCCAAAAUCGGCCCACAGAUCAGGGCGGCAUCCGACAUCCUCGAAGCUUUUGGCAAUUGCCACUCAGACCAUGGGGCAAAUGCAUCAUGUCAUUCACUCUACCUGGAACUCCAGUACAAGACCAAAGGGAAACUUUUUGGCGCAAAACUUUUGCCUUUCAUGCUUAACCAAGAAAAAAUCACCAAUGCUCAGAGUCAUCUUGGAUCUUAUCAGAUUUUUUACUCCAUGUUUAAGCACAUUUCAAGCGAGGACCGGAGGCGUUUACGACUGGGAAAUAAUAUUACAGAAUAUCCCUAUCUUCCAUAUCAUCCACAUAUGGAAACUAUGAGUACCCAUCGUGAUAUAACACCAGCUUUCGCUGCCUUGGGCUUCAAGCCCAAAGCUAUCUCUCAGAUCUGGCAGUUGCUUGCUGUAGUUCUACAUCUAGGCAGGAUCGACUUUGUAGAUUCGACUCAAGACCCCACCCUCAUGGCAACCGUCCCAAGACAAAAGCAUCUAUUUGAUCUAGUAGCCGAUCUACUUGGUGUUGAGCAAGAUGCUCUACAACAGGCGCUAUCAUACAAAAGAAAAAUGAUUUCUGGUGAUCUUUGCACUGUGAUCCUUGAUUCCGCAUCAGCUAAAAAGCAAUGCGACGGUCUAGCCCGCGCAUUAUACACUUUGCUCUUCACCUAUACUGUCGAAGCUAUGAAUACCCAAAUGUGUCGGCGACAGGAGGAACAGACUUCAUUUAUUGGAAUUCUAGAUAUGCCCGGUUUCGACAGCCAUUCACCAACAGGAUUUGAAAACUUUUGUACUAAUUUCUGUAACGAAGCACUACAGGGAUUCCUCCAGCAAAAAAUGUUUGUUGAGGAUACUCAGAACAUAAUAGCGGAUGAACUUCAAAUGACAGAGCUCCGUUCCAACGAAAAAGCUCAAGCAACCAUUGAUCUUCUUUGUGGCCUAGAUACGUUGACAGACGCCUCGCCUAGAGGUUUGGUCCGUUUCUUGCAUGAUUCGACGCUUAAAGCAGGCAAACAAUCAGGUGAUGCCGAAUCAAGCUCCAUGCUUCCAGGGUUGAAUCGCACGUUCCAGUCCAAUCCUUCGUUCAUUAGUGGAUCAACCUAUGCAUCUUCGUUUGGUAUCCGCCAUUUUGCAGGAGAUGUGCACUAUAACCUCGAGAGUUUCUUUGUCAAGAACCAGGAUAUUUUGUCGCCCGAUUUUGUAUCCUUAUUCCAAACAUCCACCAGUCCAUUCAUGCUUCAGAUAUUAGAGUCGAAUCCAGCUCUAAUCAUGGAGAGCCACCCUCGAUCCAAAGAGACGAUUGUUAAGGCCCAGUUGUCAACUAUGCCAAUGCGCCAGCCCAGCGUCCGAAAGGCAAAGCAGGCUCAAGUUCAAGCUAGAAGGAAAGGAAGAACGUCCAAUGCAGUUUCAACUGUCAUCAAACAACUGCACUCAACUUUACGGGAUAUCUGCACCUCUUUAGAUGGAACUCAGCUCUAUCAGAUCAUCCAUAUCCGACCCAAUAACAGGAUACGAGAAGCAUUGAUCGAGUGUGACCCCGUCUUGAUUCGAUCUCAAAUCGAGUCAUUGCAAUUGAGCACUUAUGUUCAUUUAAAAAUACGGGCUGAAUACUGCGUUUCCUUCGACCAUGAAUCCUUUUUAGAACGCUAUAAAAUAUUACUUGAGCGACGUGGAAUCACGAUAGACAGAGCCAUGACACCAAAUGAGCAGUGUAGAGCCAUUGCGGGUGCGCUGCACUGGCAGCUGCCAGUCGAUGGUGCCGUCGGCAACGAAUAUGUCUGGAUGUCAUUUGCCACUUUUAAAUCUAUGGAGGAUGGUUGCAUCGCAAUCGAAAAAGCAGAAGGAGGAUCAUUGGCGUUUGAAGUAGAUGUAGACGAGCAGCGUGAAUUUGCCAAUGUGAUGACAGCAGGCAAACCAUACCAGCAGCACCACACCGAGGAACCUGAUGCGAGUACUCAGCUUUUGACAACUUAUCGUCCUCGAACAGCAUCUGAUGUCUCGGCGCUUUCUGACGCCUCUCACGCUUCUCACACCUCUCAAACGUACCCUUCAGCUGAUCCCGGCUUUCCCACUUAUAAUCAGACGCAAACAUUUGGUCACGAGCCAGGCUCACCGCAUUCUGAUAACAAGACUAUAGGAACCCCCGGCACUGAAAGUGAGAGACAAUUGAUAUUCCAAAAUUUUGAGAAAGCUGAGACUGAGAUUAAGAGGAAACCUACGUUGGCCUUGCACCGUACCAAAGCAGAUGAAUCUGUACAGCCCCCAAAAGCAAAGACGAAAACUCGUCGCGCCUGGGUUACCUUUGUGUGGCUCAACACAUUCUGGAUUCCAUCGUUUUGUCUGAGCUUUUGUGGACGUAUGAAGCGUCCGGAUAUCCAAAUGGCAUGGCGCGAGAAAGUCACGCUGUGUCUUAUUGUCUUCUGGCUGUCAGCGAUUGUUAUCUUCUUCAUUAUCGGCCUACCCAAGUUUAUUUGCCCCAUGUUCAACGAAAUGUAUAAUCCCGAGCAAAUCCAAUACCAUUCUACAGAGACAGACUUCUGGGUAUCAAUUCGCGGCUUUGUUUAUGAUAUCAGUAAAUUUGCCAGAAAUGAUCAUUCCGGCUCGCACAAGGGCGUUUAUCCUUCUGAACAAUCAUAUAUGAUGGCAUAUGCUGGCAAGGAUUUGACGGACCAAUUUCCAGUCGAUCUCCGUUGGGGUUGUCCCAAUUUGGUGACAACACCCAUGUUGAUGCUCCCGAAAGAGCCAUUCCAAGGCCAAUACAUGCCAACCCAUGGUCCUAAUCCUCGAAGUGGAGAUCGAACGUUACCCUGGCUUAAUGACAACGAGUAUUAUCAGAAUAGCGUUUUACCAAAGCUGAAUACCAUGAAGAAAGGCAUGAUCGCCAUCAAGAUUGAGGACUUCCGGAACCAAACAGGUCCCAAUAUAUGGACUAUGAUCAACGAUAAGAUUUACGAUUUGACGAUCUAUAUGGACAACAUUAAUCCGCCCACCGGAUAUGUGCCUGAUCCUACAUUCAAGGCGUUCCUGGAUAAGUCAGUCGUUGAUCUUUUCGUCAAUUAUCAAGGAACAGACAUCACAAAGCAAUUUAAGGAGCUUCCUCAGCAGCUACAGGCGGAUACCAUGACAUGUCUAGAUCGUGUGUUUUAUGCAGGUGUUUUGGAUGAACGUGACACAAUCAAGUGUCAGUUCGGCAAUUGGAUUUUAGUAGGAGCUUCAGUGCUGAUGGGUGGUGUGAUCUUGAUCAAGUUUUUAGCUGCACUGCAGCUGACAUCAAAGCGCAAUCCUAUCAACUAUGACAAAUUUGUGAUCUGUCAAGUCCCCUGUUAUACUGAAGGUGAAGAUUCGCUCAAAAAGACCAUUCAAUCGCUUGCAGGAUUAGAUUACGAUGACAAGCGCAAGCUUUUGCUUAUUAUUGCGGACGGAAUGAUUGUUGGUGCCGGAAACGAACUCCCCACACCAAAAAUUGUCUUGGAUGUCCUAGGAUGGCAGCCAACAGAGGGAGUUGAAGUAGAACCUGUGAAGUAUAAAGCGCUUGGCAUCGGUGGUCAGCAACUCAAUUGCUGUAAGGUUUAUUCAGGACUGUAUGAGUUCGAAGGCCACAUGGUGCCUUAUCUAGUUGUUGCCAAAGUUGGCAUGCCAAAUGAGACAUCCAAGCCAGGAAACCGUGGUAAACGCGAUUCCCAAUUGAUCCUCAUGAACUUUUUGAACAGCAUUCACACUGGCAAGAAAAUGUGUCCGCUUGAAUUAGAGAUGUACCACCAUAUGAAUAAUAUUAUCGGUGUCCACCCCAAGCUUUACGAAUAUAUUUUGCAAGUUGAUGCAGACACAGAGGUUAUGCCAGACUCACUCAAUCGUUUGAUUGCAUGCAUGGUGGCCGACUCCAAGGUCAUUGGUCUUUGUGGUGAGACACAGGUCGCCAACGAAGACAGAUCUUUCACAACCAUGAUCCAAGUCUACGAGUACUACAUCUCCCAUCAUCUUGCCAAAUCGUUCGAGUCUUUAUUUGGAAGCGUCACUUGCCUGCCAGGUUGCUUCUCUAUGUACCGUAUCUUCACGGUUGGAGGCAAACCUCUGAUUGUUUCAAACAAUAUUCUCCGAGAUUAUAGUCACAACGAUGUUGACACGCUACACAAACGCAACCUGUUGCAGUUGGGCGAAGACCGAUAUUUGACCACUCUCAUGAUGAAGUAUUUCCCAGGGUAUAAACUCAAAUUUACUCCGGAUGCUACUUGCAAGACUGUCGCCCCUGAUAAAUGGCGUGUAUUGUUGUCUCAGCGUCGUCGUUGGAUCAACUCCACCAUCCAUAAUUUAGGCGAGCUAAUGGUUCUACCGGAGCUUUGUGGUUUCUGCUGCUUUUCGAUGCGGUUUAUCGUCUUUAUUGAUUUAUUAGGAACUCUGAUUUUGCCCGCAUCCUUCGUUUACCUUGUUUAUCUGAUCGUUGUGGUGGCCACUCAUAUGCAGCCUCUGCCAAUUGUUGCCGUUGCUAUCUUGGCUGCUGUAUAUGGUCUUCAGGCGCUCAUCUUUAUUCUCAAGGGCGCCUGGCAGCAUAUUGGAUGGAUGAUCAUUUAUAUCAUCGCAAUGCCAUUUUUCUCAGUAUUCAUCCCUUUGUAUUCAUUCUGGCAUUUCGACGACUUUUCCUGGGGAAACACUCGUCAGGUCGUGAGUGCUGAUGGCAAGAAGACAGUCAUGGCUGCGGAAGCCCAAACUCGAUUCGAUCCCAACUCCAUUCCCCUCAAGAGUCUGGAAGCCUUUGAGGCUGAGAGGCAAAUGCAAUUGGAAGGAAACGGUUACUACAAUUAUCACAAUGGAUCAGGAUCAGUUGUCGGAAGUAGCUAUCAAGACGAUACUGGGUCGGUGAUCAUGCAUCCUCGACACGAUCAUUCGGGGUUGUUAGGUGGAGGUAUCCAAUCUAACCAUUACAGCAAGCUGGAUUCCUUUUACGGCAGAUCAUCUUCGCCUUAUUAUGAUGGAGAUGGCAACAAAAGCGUUGUUUCAGGCUUUGGAGGUGAUGAUCUUGCGCAUGACUAUUAUCGGGACUCAAAUGCUAUUGAGUUAUCAUCUGGACGCCAAUCCAGGGUGGCUUCACAGGUCCCUGCAGGGUUCAUUCCCGGCUCAGCAGCUGGACAGCUCCGAUCGGUCUCGCCCUUACUAUCGCAAUAUGUAGGUGGUCAGCAACAGCAGCGACAAGGACUUGGACCUUUUGCUGACUCGCAAGGAAUGCUCAUGCCACAAGAAUAUCAAGCGAACCAGAGAGCAUCGCUCCUCUCCCAACACCAACUUCAACAGCGGUUACCCGGAGAUAUGAUUGAGAUGGAUCACUUUGGAUCUCCCGUAGGGCUUGGUGUUGCAAACAUUGGUAUGGGAACACCUAUAAUGAGUUCUCCAUCAGUUGGUGCAAUGCCUGUUAUGGGAUCACCCCAGCUGUAUAAUGCUCAGUUACAGCAACAGCUCUUAAUGCAACAGCAACCAAUACUCUCAGCAGGGUCGCCAAUGCAACCUCCAGCACAAAUUGGUGGACUACCCAUGGCAAGCAUGGGCUCGCCCCUGAUCGGACCGAACCAAAUACAUCUGCUGAAUUCUCCAAUGCCUUCAGCAGUAUCGUCACCACAAUUAAAUGCCACAAGUCUUGUGCCUGGAACAGGAACAGGAGUAGGACCUACGGAUGCGGAGCUUGUAACAAAGAUUCAUGAGCUUCUUUCGGGUGUCGAUUUAAUGACUGUCACCAAGAAGAAGAUCCGUCAACAGCUUGAAGGCAUUUAUGGUCUUGAUUUGACACCCCGAAGAGAUUUUAUCAGUAGAGCAAUCGAUAUGGAGCUGCACAAUCGGAAAGGAGAAGCUCCUGAGAGCGGCACCUCAACACAACCGCCAUUGUGAUUUCUACUUUGUUAGCAUUCUAUCCAUUUAAAAAAAUAUUUUAAUAAAAGUUACAUAUAUAUUUAACGCCAC